AUGAAUCUUCUAAUUGAACAACGUUCAACAACGAUAACGUCGAAAUUACAACAACAACAAUCGCAAUUAUCAAAUGAAAAUGAUGUGAAUAACAGUUUAUCAUCAUCACCACUUAUACUUAAAAUAAAACGACAAUCAGCAAAACAACAAAUUGAUUUUAGUUCAACUCCAUUACUAAUGACUAACGACGAUAAUAAUAAUAAUAAUUCUCGCUUAAAUAUGAAUAAUCAACGUUUAAAACGUUCUAUUCCUAAUUCAACAACACGUCGACCAUCAUCGCCUGCAUUUAAUGGUAAACAACAAGUAACAAAACGUUCAAUAACAAUCGAUAAUAAUAAUAAUGAUUUACCAACUCAUAUUGAUGAUAUUUCAUCAACAAAACGAUUUAAACACGAUGAUUUAAAUUCAUCAUCAACUAAAGUGGAUGCUAGCGUUGAAACAGUCUCUAUUGGUUUAGCUACAGAACCUGAUCAACUUGGUCCCUGUGAGCCUGGCACAAGUGUUGUUUUAGAAGGCAUUGUUUGGAAUGAAACUGACAGUGGUGUACUCGUUGUUAAUGUAACAUGGCGAGGAAAAACCUAUGUUGGAACAUUACUUGAUUCAACACAACAAGAUUGGGCUUGUCCUAGAUUAAUAUGUGAAUCCCCAACUAGCGAUUAUGAUGCUCGUAAUAGUAGUAAAACUAGUCGUGCAAAACGUGCUAGUGCCGGUGGAAAUAAUCGAUGUAUAAAUAAUCAAUUAACAAAUUCAUCUCAACAAAUAUUAUCAACUACUCUUUCAUCAGGAUCUGAUGAUCGAAAACUUCGAAAUAAUAUUAAAUCUAGGCAAUCGAAACGAACAAAUCUAAAUAUAAUUGAUGAAAUAGCAACCACACCACAAAAUUCUUCACCAUUAACAUCACCUUUUCCAUCAACUACAACAUUUUUUCCAUCUUCAACUACCGCCGAAUCACAAUUAAUUUCAUGUCCGGAAUUACAAUGUCAUAAAAAAUUUGUUUCAACAAUCGCACUUAAUUAUCAUCUGAGUAAUUCACAUAAAAAAACGGAUUCAAAUUUAUUUCUAUCUAUACAACAACCAACAAAUACACGAGAUGAAGAAGAUGUUGCACAUAUUCUUGCAAAUGUUGCUGAUUAUGUUCGACGGCCAUCGCCACGUUCAUCACCUGAACAUCAACAUCAAACAACAUUAUCAUGGCCAUGUCCACAAAUAUCUUCAAAUCUUGUUCUUUCAUCACCAUUAAUUAAUAAUGAACAAACAACCAUUCCUUUAUCAACAAAUCCAACCAGAUGUAUUCUUAAUAAUAAUGAAGGCAAUAUUGAACACGAUGAAGUUAAACCAGCUGAUCAUUUUUUAUUACAUAUUCAAGAUGAACCAUCUUCUUCUUCAUGGAACAAUACUAAACUUGAUCAUAUUAAUGAUAAUAAAAAAACUUUGAAAAUUCCUUCACCACCACCAUCAUUUGUUUCAAUUAAUUUAACCUCAUCUAUUCAACCACCACCACCACCACCAACUUCAUCAUCACCAGCUUAUUCUGAUAUAUCAGAUGAAGAUACAACAAUAAUGAAUGAAAAUGAACAAAUCUCGCCACCAUCAACAAUUAAUUUAUUAACAGCAACAAAUGGAAAAAUGGAUGAAAAUGAUCAAUCAAUAGUUCCUAAUAAUUCAUGGACAGCACAAAUGCUUCUUCAACAAUACGGUUCUUUUAUGCAACAACAAACAUCGAAUCGUUUGAACAGUAAAACUAAUUCAAAUGGUACCAGUGAUUCCACUGUAAAAAAUAUUCUUGAUUCACGUCGUUUAUCAACAACAAAAUCAUCAUCUUCUUCAUCUUCAACAAACGAUUCAAAUGAUUAUCAAAAACCUCUAUAUCAUUAUCAUCCAAAUGAUUCGAAAUCAAUGAUGAAUUCAUUAACAUUACCCAAUGAAAAUCUUCUUAAACCGUCAUCAACAACAACAACAAUAAUAAAUCCACUUGAUUAUUCAUUAAAUAAUAAUAUAACUUCAUCUUCAAUACAUCCGUCUCGGUGA